AUGGAUGACUGCGGCCCCCUCUACAACGUGCGCAUGAAGCGCGGCCAGGGCUACAAUUCAUAUAUACAAGAAGUUCGAAUCGACAAUGCUGUCACCAUCACCAAGCUCCAGGACAAUGCGCGAACGGCCAGCCUCACUGGUAGUGAUUCUGAGACCGUCACUGCAUCGCUCACCACAACUGCAUCCGUGUCCAAUGCACCGCCCAAGCAAGGUAUAGAUAUGACAGACCUCAUAGCCGUCGUGAAAGAAGGUCUGAAGACAACGACGGCGGAGUCACCGCAACAACCAAAACUUCCAUACUUGCUAAAACUGGACCCGAAUGCUCGACAUAAUCAAACAGUCACGUUCUCAUCCAAGCAGGUGAAGAGUGUCCUCGAGAUGAACAAUGCGAUGGGUUUCAAUGCUUCUGCGGCGAUCAAGGCCACCAGCUUGGGCCCUGGAGCUGAAGCUGGUUCCAGCCUCGCGACGAGCAACGACCUUGGCGCAAACGACGUUAAUUUCCUCGUCCACGUCAAAGUAGUCAACGAAGCCGACGACCGCAAAGAAGAAUGGUCGUUCAACGAGGUCACAGGUCUGAACGAAGUGCUCAGCGACGACAAGGAUACACAUACUCGCAGCGUCGAAUUCACCCGGAUAUACGGAGACUGUUUCAUCUCGGACUUCGUGGAAGGUGGUGAGAUGUACGCAUGGAUCGGCAUCAAGUCCCUGGACCGCAAGAACUCGAGGCAGUUGGCGCUACACGCCUCGGCGCAGCUGACGCCCAUGGCCCUACCCGUACAAGCCUCAGGUAAGAUGGAUAUGUCUCAAGAACGAUCCCGGCUGUUUUCACAAGCCACGACAUCGAUCCGCAUCCAGUGGCGAGGUGGCGGGCAGAUCAAAAACCAUGAUUUUCCAUGGGGUAUGGACAACCUGGUUCUGAUCGCAAAUGCCUUUCCGUCCAUGGUGGCUGCUAAACCAGCCAAGAUCCGUGCCGUCCUGACCUCGUAUGCGGCACUAAAGAGUUUCCAGGACCACCGGCUAGCCAAUCCACGGAUCCCUCUGCCGUUGACGUACGACCACUGCGCCAUCUACACGAGUACUCUGUAUGAGGAUUUCGUGGCGUUUCAAGAGUUGUGUGAAACGCUCAAUGAUAUGAUCCGGGUACCGCAAAACUAUCGGAAUCGAGACGACGACAAGACAAAGAAGGACAGUCAAAAGAUGGCUCUUCAAGCCUCAGUUGCAGCUCAGGUCCCUGGCGGCGGAGUUGAGGCUGGAUUCGAAUUUUCUCGUUCAGGGCCAAGAUACAGUGUCGUGGCUCAGACCGCGGUGCCCGCAGGAGAUGACACUGAAACGGACAGAAAGACCCGUCCACUCAUGGACCUGGACGCGAUACUACUCGACACAACGCGAAGGUUGGCAAGUAUGGACCCGGACCCACAGAAGCUGAGUAUGAUGAGGCUUUUGUGUCGUUCGUCGAUGAUUUAUAUCCAAGAGCAGGCGGCGGCAUUGGUCGUAGACCCCGAGCGGUCAAUUACCAAACACGACGAGCACGGUCGACAUGUAUACAGCCUUCCGAAGUACGUCUGUCCUGGAGUCAUCCAAAGCAUUCUUCCCGUACCCAAAUACGACGACAACAGCAGCAGCAGCGAUUGGCGGGUCAAGGAUCUGGCGGAUUUGUCUGCCGCUAAGAAUAUUCUCAGCAGUCCGUCAAAUUACUGGUGGGAUGUCAUCGGCGAGCCGUUGUCUCAGUAUAAGAAAUACAAACACUUUGCCAUAGGGAAUUUUGACUUGGAAGAUGAAGAGUUCCCCCAGCGCAUUGCAGUGCAACCUUUCGAGGCUGCGUGGUAUCGCGGUCGCAGGGUAAAGGACAGCCACAAUGCCAUUGGCGGAAUCGGACUCGGAUACGCGGACAAUAAAUCAGUGCUCAAUGUCAACGUCAAGACCGUCGAGGGCAAUGAGAUCCGGGGACUCAAAAAUUCCACCACAGAGGAGCAGGGCACCAUGUUUGCGAACAUGUAUGUUGGGUGCAAACCGGGCCCGGAGAGGUGGAAGCAGAUCGACGAGCGUGGUUUGGCUGCAGCCCCAAUAAAUCGGGUGCAUGUGUAUUAUCUUCCUGGCACCGGGAGGAUCGCCGGACUCGAAUUCUUGUCCGACCCCAGCCUGACAGACGGCAAUGACGCUUUGGCGCGGGCGACGCCGGUGUUUGUCCACAAGGCGUGGGAACAAGGGACAAACGCAGACAGUGUCGAGGCAGAGAAAUUGCUGGACAGAAUGGAGUGCCAGGCUUUGUACCCAGGUGAUGGCUUGUCAGGAGACGAGAUCGACAAGAAUUGGAUGUUUGCUGGUCUGGUAGGUGCUUUCGAGAAAGUCGGGGUGCUUGGAAGCGUGGGUAGUUCGACGGGCGGCAGAGUGUUGGCCAAGGUCGCUGUUAUCUGGAAGAGACGACCAGGGUCUCUGAAUACAGUGGCGAAUGGGUGA